CCCGGCCCCGACACGGGCCCGGUGACGGGCUCAGGCCCCGGCCUGGCCCCGGUGGCGGCUCCGGACCCGGACCCGGUCCCGCUCACGGACCCGCUCACGGACCCCGACGUGCAGCCGCUGCCCCGGGGCGGGUUCCGCUGCCGCCUGUGCCAGAUCACCGCGGCCAACCGCCCGAGCCUCGUGUCCCACCUGUCCGGGAAGCGGCACCGGCGGCUCCGGUCGCUCCGGGCCGAGCGCCGGGAGCAGGAGCUGCGGAGCCUCUUCGUGAGCGGCUUCGCCCGCGGCACCGACCCCGCCGAGCUGCGGCGGCACUUCGGGGCCUUCGGGGCCGUCACGGGGGUCGUCAUGGACAAGGACAAGGGCGCCUUCGCCAUCGUGGAGCUGUCGGAGCCCUCGGAGCGGCAGCGGGCCCUGGAGCACCCCCGGCACCUCCUGGGGGGGCGGCGGCUCCGGGUCCGGCCCCGGGAGCACAAAACCUUCCCCCGGCCCCCCCCGCGGGCCCGCGGCCCCCCCGAGGCCCCCCAGGCCCGGGGGCUGCAGGAGGCGCUGGGCCAGGCCCCGGACGUGGAGGCCCAGCUGGAGCUCCUGGUGCAGCUCCUGGAGCUGAGCGAGGCCGAGCGGCGCCUGCGGGGCCUCCUCGUGUCCCUGUUCCAGGAGGUGUUCGAGGAGUUCUUCCCAGGCUGCUCCAUCGUCCCCUUCGGCUCCUCAGUCAACGGCUUCGACGUCCACGGCUGCGACCUGGACCUGCACCUGGAGCUCCCCCCCGAGGGGUCCCUGCCGGGUGACGGGGACCCCCCCGGCUCCGAGGGGUCCCUGUCUGAGGACGAGGGGUCCCUGCUGGGCCCGGGGGGGUCUCUCCGGGGGGCCCCCCCCGGGCGGGUGCUGGCCCUGGUGGGCUCGGUGCUGCGCCGCUGCGUCCCGGGGGUCCGGGGGGUCCGAGCCGUGCCCGGCGCCCGCCGGCCCGUCGUGAAAUUCAGCCACAAACAGUCGGGGCUGGAGGGGGACGUGUGUGUGCACAACCGCCUGGCCCUGUUCAACACGAGGUUCCUUCGGUUCUGCGCCGACGCUGACCCCCGAGUGCGGCCCCUGGGCUACGGGGUGAGGGCCUGGGCACGGGCCCGGGGGCUGGCAGGGAACCCCUCGGGGGGGGGCCCCCUGCUCACCAACUACGCGCUGACGCUGCUCGUGGUGUUCUUCCUGCAGACCCGGAGCCCCCCCGUGCUGCCCUCGGGGCUGCGCCUGCGGGACCUGGCGGGCCCCGAGGACCGUGCCCAGGUGGGGGGGUGGGAUUGCAGCUUCCCCCGGGACCCCUCGGUGCUGGAGCCGAGCGGGAACACCCAGAGCACAGGCUCCCUCCUGGCCGAGUUCUUCUCGUUUUUCGGGGGGCUGGACCUGCCCCGGCUGCUCCUGUCGCCCCGCGAGGGCCGAGCGCUGCCCCGGCCCCCCCCCGGCGCUCUGGGGGGGCUCCGCCCGGGCCCCCUGACCCUGCAGGACCCCUUCGAGCUGAGCCACAACGUGGCCGCCAACGUCCCCCCCCGGUUCGUGUCGCGGUUCGGCCGCUGCUGCCGCGAGGCCGCCAAAUUCUGCCGCGGCCCCGAGUUCCGGCACCGGCCCCGCCGCUCCCGCCGCCCCUGGGGGGUCCUGGGGCUCCUCCGGCCCGGGGGGGGCUCCCCCGAGAAGGACGGGGGGGGCUUCGCCAUCCCCCUCCCGCUGCGGCCCCGCGGGGGGCCCGGGGGGGGGCCCGGGGGGGGUCCCGGGGGGUUCCGGGAGGUUUGUGGGGCCGUGGGGUUCGUGCUCCGGGACGUUCUGGGCUGUCACUGCGACCCCGGGGGGGAACGGGGGGGCCCGGGGGGGGCCGAGGGGGGGGAGGAGCCGCCCCCGGGUCCGUCCCACGCGGAGGAGUCACCGCCGGGGGCCGAGUGUCACCUCGGGGGGGACACGGGACCUUCCCGGGGGGAAUUCGGGGACGCGGGGGCGGCGGAGGAGCCGCCCCUGGAUCCGCCGGGAUCGGGGGGUCCCGUCGGGGGGGCGGCGGGGGGAGAUUCCCGGGGGGAGCUCGGGCUGCGGGAGGGUCCGUGCCCGGCCCCGGGCUCGAAGCGUCCCCCCCCCGAGGCCCCGAACGGCCCCGGGAUUCCCCCCGGGAAGCGCCCCCGGCCCCCCCCGCUGCUCCCCCCGUCCCUCUGGAGCUGCUCCGUCUGGCACCGGGUGUGGAGGGGCCGCCGCCGCCUCCGCCGCCGCCUCCGCGACCCCCGGGGGGGGCCCGGGGGGGGUCCUGGGGAAUGGCCCGGGGGGGCUCAGGGGCCCGGGGGGGAUCCCGGGGGGGGUCCCGGGCAGGACUCGCUGGCGCUGGAGCGGGCGGUGACCGAGGCCAUCGUGCGGGGGGACACCGGGGACCCCCCCGGGAACCCCCCCGGGGCCCCCCCGGAGCCGCUGCUGCGCUUCCAGGCCCGCGCCCGGCGGGGGGGGUCGCGCCGGGACCCCCAAGUGCUGCUGCGGCUCCGGCCCAUCCCCGACCCCCCCCCGCCGCUUUUCCACGAGUUUUUCCACUUCCUGAGGAGUUUCCUGCCCGAAAUGGUUCGGCAGCGCCUGGGGAUGGGGCGGGGGGAGGGCGGCGCGGACCCCCCCGAGGGGGGGGAGUUUUGUACGUCCUGAGUUUUUCCAGUAAAAUCCGUUUUGCAGUUGG